GCUUGCUCAAGGUCACCGCCGGGCGGCCGGCCGCCGCGCUGCCACUUGGCCAUUGCAACGUGCAGAGCCGGCCGGCGGCCAGUGUUCACGAGCGCCAGUGGGGGAGAGGUGCUGCUCGAGUCUGUGAUCCCACUGCGCGAAAAUCGAGUGAACUGCUUGUGAGUGAGGGUGGACGGAGUGUAAAAUUGUGAAAGUGUCGUCUCGGAUUGCAGGUCGUCGCGGACGGACGCGGCGACUGACAACCAUGAGUCCUGCAAAGGGCGGCGCCGCCGCCAAGACGGCGUCCAAAGCAGCAGCAGGGGCCGAGGGCGCAGCCUCCACCGCCACCAAAUCGUCAACCACGCCCGCCAAACCCUUGGCCAAACCGGCCCAAAAAGUCUGCGGCGUAUGCGGCGAGCGCGCCAAAAGCCACCAUUUUGGCGGCAUGGCGUGUGACUCCUGCAAAGCGUUCUUCCGCCGGAGUGUUCAAAGCGAGGCGUGCAACCACUUCCGCUGCUCUUACGACGGCUGCUGCCACAUCACCAUCAGCACGCGCAAGAGCUGCCAGUUCUGCCGGUUUCAGAAAUGCCUAAAGAUAGGCAUGGAGAAACGCUGGGUGAUGUCCGAAGAGGAGCGGCAAUUGCAGGACAAGAUCCGGAAAGAGCGGAAACGGCAGAGACUAAACGAAGAGGAGGACGGAGGGGGUCGCAACUGUCGUCCGGCACCGCUGGCGGCGACAUGUGCCUCCCCUCCCCAGGAGGCUCCUGCCGCCACUGCCACCUCAGCGUCCUCCGCGUCUGCCGCCGCUGCCGCCGCCGCUGCCGCCGCCGCCGCGUCGCAGUUGUCCGAGCAGGACAAACGGGAGAUCGACCAACUCAUUCAGAAGUUCUACGCCUCGUACAACACGGUCCCUCUGGACCCCGAGGCACCUCCCGACUCUCGGCCUCCGACCACCACCAGAGUUGUGGGGGUGUUCGUGAACGCCGUGUCCCGGCUGGUGUCGUUCAUCGCCACACUGCCCCAGUUCCGACAACUGCCGCAGAACGACCAGAAGAUACUGCUGAAAAACGGCGUGCUGGCGGUGCUGAUUCUGCGCGGCACCAUGGUGUACGACGCCAACAGCACGCUUUUCAACGCGCAGGCGGUGGGCGCCAAAGUCGGCAUGAGCGACCUGAGGUCGGUGAUGACGCCCAAGCUGAUGAAGAACCACCAGCAGUUCGUCGAGCGGAUGCAGAGCCUGGGUCUGGACAAGACUACCAACAUGCUCCUUCAGAUGGUGGUCAUGUUCUCCUCAGACCUGGCUGGCCUCUCCGACUCGGAGACCAUCAGCACCCUGCAGGACCACUACACAUGUCUGAUCCGGCGCUACAUGUGCUCCAUCCACGGCGAGGAGAGCACCCGGGUGCUCUACCCGCGAAUGCUCCACCUGCUGGCAGACCUCAGAACGCUGGUGGAGGACCACAACAUGAACACGGUGUGUUUCCCCGACUCAGACUUGGCCAACGUAGCGGGCGAGUUUAGCAAGAUCGACCUGAACCCGUACCCCAUGUGGCCGGACUUCUGCGAGAAGGGCCAGGAGCACCUACAUCCCAGGCACCACCAGCAUCAGCAGCAGCAGCUUCAGCAGGGACAGCAGAGGCAGGCGCCAGGCUCCUGGAGACGGGCCAGUCUGCCAGAGCCUGCGGCCACGUCCUCCGUUGGCUGUACGCCGCGGACGGCGCCUCCCUGGCCAGCCCACGGUCAGCCAUCCGGCGCCGGGCCCGUCUUUCCAAUGGGAACCAGCCCGCAGUGCCCCCCGACCGGCGGAGUCAGUCCCCAGACACCCUCGGGCUACCGCGGCGCGGCCGGCCCUCAGUGCAUGCGUACCUCGCAGCCCUCUGGCGGCCAGUACGGCGGCUCGGCCGGCGCUCAGUGCAUCCGCAACUCUCCGCCGGCGGGCGCUCAGUACAGCCCUGGCGCGAUACCGGCGGGAUUGGACUGCGGGGCACCGGCAGGCAGUCCUUCACCGGGAUCGGUUCCCAGCCAAUGGCCGCAAUGGGGUUCGGAGCCAUACGGCGCUGCCGGCUACAGCGGUCCUUUUUUCGGUGAUGGCCGCCAACCAGGGCCUCCUGGGACAGACUGUAUGCGACUGCCAUCUGACGGUGACCCGGCCAACUGCUCGGCGCCCGAUGUCGACAUCAGCGCGAUCCUAGAACUCGGGCCAAGCCUGCAGGCGAUGGAACAGAAGAUGCUGACCGACCCGGGCGAGUGGAGCCCGCCGCCGCAGACCGGAGCGGAGGGACUGCAACCGUUCCUGCCGCAGCAGCAGCAGCAGCAGCAGCAGCAGCUGAAACUACAGCAACAGCAACACCAGCAGGAGCAGAUGAAACUCCAACAGCAGCAACAGAUGAAACUCCAACAACAGCAGAUGGAGCUGCAACAGCAGCAGCUGCAGCAACAACAGCUGCAGCAGCAGCAGCUGCAGCUGCCGCAGCAGCCGCCGCCGUUCCAGCCGGCGUUCCAGCCGCUGCCGGCUCCGGCGCUGCUUCAGCAGCCGCCGCAUUACCGAACUUCCUGUGGCGGAGCUGUGUCGGGCGGUGUGUAUCCGUGAGCGUUCUCGCCGCAGAGACAAACCACGAAGGGAACCAGUGCAAAGAGAACGCGCCGCGCGCUGUGAAGGUGUCUGUUUCGCCCACGGUGGACCCUAGGUCACCGAGUGGCGUUCGGGUUCGUUGAGAGCGUCGCAGUGAGCGACUCUGAUGUCGGCGCGUGGCGUUGUCAAACCUGCCUGGCGGGUCGCCGGGUAUAUCUUCAAUGUGAUCGGCUUUCUAUGCAGUGUUGUGAUGAAGGGAGGCCGCAGCGGCGGGGAGUGGGCGACACUCUAAACCUGCCCGACGAGCAGGCGGUGCUACGGCACCGGAAUGUGCUACUGUGAUCGGCUUUGAGUGUUGGAGUGGAGGACUGUUGGAAUUUGGGUGUGGUAUGUUUGAAUGUGGUACUUUGUUGGAUUGUGGAAGUGUGUUGGAGUGUGGUAUUUUGUUGGAUGCUAGAUUGUAGAAGUGUGUAUUGGAAUGCGGGAGUGUUGGAUUGUGUGUGUGAUUACUUACGAACCUGGAUGUGCUAAUAUUAUGUACACAGCGCUGCGCGGCGUCACGCUCGACGCUAAAGGGUACGGGACACUGCCGUUGUUAGUCAGUGGCCGGGCGAGCCGGGCCCCGCCCCGCCCCUAAACUCUUCUGCGCAGUGCCAGCCACUCGUGUACGGUGUGUUAUUGUGGGCGGUGGGGAGGGGUCACGUCACAGUGCUGUAUAGCCAGUCCUACGUGUUUCAUCCGUCGGCUCCAAAUCAAAAUGGCCACUGCGGGGUCACGAUGAGAAGCUAUCGAUGUACAAUUCGCUCAUUCGUCCAAAAACUAGAUAAAACGGACGCGACUUUUUGCAACGAGACGAAUAAGACGGAAAAGAACCGUUCAAAUUAUCACAGCUUUUACUAAAUCUGUACAUUUAUCGCGCUCGUCUCCAAGCUGUAUUCAAUUUCUUACGGCUUGCAACAAGUCCUCAAUCUCAUAGCUUAGGACACCUGACACUUUUUGCGCCCCGGCAUAUCAUCGUCUCUAGGUCUGUCCACAAAACGUUCGGCUUCACGGGUCCCCACUGACGCUCGUUCGGUUCAGUCAUCCGGUCACAUGGACCUGCUUCUCACGAUGGCUCCCUUGUUUACCCCCACGAGUCUAUGCAUCACAACCCAGUCCCGCUUUCAAGCAGUGAAAAUGUCCUCUAUGCAAGCAGUCAACACAUAAAUGCCCUUUAUGCAUCCCGCUCUUUCAGGCAGUAGCGACGCCUUCCAGUUGUAUAAUUUGACAUCCACACAUUUCAAAGAGUGGCAUUCAGCUUCAAUGCAUUCAGUCCUUAGAAACGUACACACAUGUCGUCCACACAUCCUGUCCUUUUCGGCAUUGACAUGUUCGCCUUGGCGGGUCAAUUAAUAAUGGCAUUGCUCUCUAAUCUAAUCCACUUUGCAACCAACAAAAGGCAGCAAGUCAGCUAUGCAACCUUUCCUGAGCACUCCCUCGCUCCACAACCAAUACAAGAAGACUGCCAAUGGGUCUAGAAUUAUCGGUGUUCGGUACCCUGGGAAAGGGCGCCACUACAGACGCCGAAUUCGGGACUAGCCUGAGACCGAGCUUGGGCAUUGUUCGGGACGAAAUCGAUCGUACUGCUACCGUUCUGGAAAGUACUGGCACUUGCCGGACGUGCUCGGACGUUCUUGAGACGUGCUCCAGACAUACCCGAGACGUACUUGGGCCGUGCUCGAUAUAAAGCAAUUCGGUGUCACCUUUCGCUGCCGCCUCGACUAUACGCCCAGCAGCAAGAGCAUCUCUAAGAAGUAUCUUUUAUAUGUCUGGGCGGAUCCAGAGAAUGCGCCUGUGGGCUCGAUGCUGCUCUCUGGGUUUCGGACAAUCAAAUGAUGCCAAUCGGAUCGCUAGAACUAAGUUAAAAAAUGUCAAAGUUUGUAUAUUUCUCCAUGCUACAUCGAGUCUUGCUAACGAUAAGACCAAGAAACAUUAUGCAAAAUUCAUGACAAUGAGUCUUCACACAUUUUUGGACACGAAUCUAGCGCAUUAUUUAGAGACGUUUUCAUAUUUAGAAGGGCCUAGCCCACUCUGGAUUCGUCACUACAUCUACCAUCGCCAAACUAACUGCGCCACUUCUGACGCUCAAAUGGAAAUCAAAACGGUCGUGUGCCCGCCCUCUGCUGCCCCGAGCGCCUAGCGCCUCCAGUGUGCGGGUACGGGUGUUCUGUGCAGCGGGUACAGAGUAUAAGGUACCCAGCGAGCGAUGUACUGCGCUCUGCUUGUGUGUACCGCUUGAUGUGUUUUCGCGCUCAACAAAGAAUACAGCGCUGGAUAUGUGA